AGGUAUCGAAACACACUAAUCGGGGCUUGAAGUAGUAGAUACAUUAGGGACUACAUUACUCACACGUAUAAUUUAAAUAGGAAAGGAAAAAUCGUCCGUAUUGGGCGGUAUCGAUUUCCAGUAAGCUCCAUCAUGUGUUGAUUGAUUAGAAAAAAAGAACAGAAAACUUCAUAGGAACAAAGGAUCUGAAAUCAUUAUAAAACAGACAAUCGUAAUUCGCGGGACAGUUUUCAAUAGUGAACUCAAUCCGACGUACUUGUCUCAGGCUGUGACCAGUGAGAAGAGGUAUCGAGGAAACAAACAAAAUCAAUCGACAGAAUCAAACGUGAAACUCAUCAACCAGAAACGAAAAUAGCGCUCUUUCUGAUCAAUACCGUUAGCCAGUGGUUAUCAUUGCUAGAAAUGGCUUCGAUUCUGCCCGCUGCUCUCGCCGGUGGUGAAAGCGACCGUGUACUUAAGUCGAUGGACGCUAACCGGUAUGCCACCAAGAAGACAAUUGCCCAGGGUAUGCUGGAUAUCGCCCUGUUAACGGCUAAUGCAUCUCAGCUGAAGUAUAUCCUGCAGGUCGGCGAAAAGCACGAGUUUUACACCCUGAUGUUGGUGUUGAUUAGUAUCUCAAUCAUUCUACAGGUUUCGGCCGCCAUGUUGGCCGUCAUACUAACACUGGUUAAUUUUCACAAAGGUGAACUGCAGCAACGUGUAGCGAACAUUUUAAACCAUUUCUCAUUAGGAUUCGUGGUGGUAGCACUGUUCUGCGAUGUGAUCAAGAUGAAUUUCGGAUUGGAUCCGGCCGUACCUUAUGUUCAUAAUUAAGCGAGAUGCAUGGUUGUUUAAUUUUUUAUUUUU